UUUUUACAUCACCUAGUUUUCCCCCUGUAUCCCUCUUGCUAUUUCAUAAAGAGCCAGCUUUUAUAACAAAGAAUUCAGAUUCUUCUCAACAGCUGUGCGAUCCCGACAAUCCGCUUGACCACUCUGGGCCGGGGAAACGGGAAGGCGUGGAGUAGAUGCUCUCCGGAGUGGCCUUCGGCCUCCGGCGCGAUUCUCUUCUGGGACGCUCCGUUUCCCUUCUGCCUUUCUCAGAGGAGUUUUGAGGAGACGAUUUGUGAAGCGGAAGGGCCCGGCGCAGACGUGGCGGUGCUGGGGCUUCCCGGAGAUGUGUGUCCCGGCACUGCGCCUUCUUCCUAGUCCCCCUCUGCACGCGGCGGUCUUCCUUAGCACCCGCCCCUGGGCCAGCUCUAUCCCCCGAUUCAUAACUGAUCUUGGCGGAGCCGCUCCGGAGUUGGGUUUCCCGCCGCUCAUUCACCAGGGAGGGACGCGCAGCCGCGCGGACAGGGCCGGGCCCGGCGGACUUUCAGUCCCGGGAGGAGGUGCCGCCCCUUUGCUCAGAGUGGGCCGGCAGGUGGUUGGUUGCCGGGGCAACGAGCCACGCCGCCGGCAGGCUGCAGGCGCGCACGGGAUUGGGUCUCAGGUCUGGGAAGGGCCCGCGUCAUGCGGUGGGAUUUGAAAAGCGGAGGACUGUGCCUGUGCGGGGCGGACCGGCUCUCUGCCGGGGCGGCCGCUGUCGCAGGGAGGGCAGCCGGAGCGGGCAGGAUGGCUGGAGCUGGCGGCCGGGACCGGGGCCCUCCGCUCGGGAAACCUCGAGGGGAAUAUGUUCUGGAGAUACCAACAGCCCUUUGACCAUGACCGAGGGGUAGCGCGGACCCCAGACUCCAAGGGAACAAAAUGGGACCGUGAAUAGCAGGCGACCUUUUAACUCCUUGAAGGGUACGGUGCUCCUCGGUCCAGAAGAUGGGGAACAUCACAACGAGCAACGCGGCCACCAACUGCACCAUCGACCACACCAUCCACCAGACGCUGGCCCCGGUGGUGUACGUGCUGGUGCUGGCGGUGGGCUUCCCGGCCAACUGCCUCUCUCUCUACUACGGCUACCUGCAGAUCAAGGCCAAGAACGAGCUGGGCGUGUACCUGUGCAACCUGACCGUGGCCGACCUGCUCUACAUCUGCUCGCUGCCCUUCUGGCUCCAGUACGUGCUGCAGCAUGACAACUGGCUCCACGGGGACCUGUCCUGCAAGAUCUGCGGCAUCCUCCUCUACGAGAACAUCUACAUCAGCGUGGGCUUUCUCUGCUGCAUCUCCAUCGACAGGUACCUGGCCGUGGCGCACCCCUUCCGCUUCCACCAGUUCCGCACGGUGAAGGCCGCCGCGGGGGUCAGCGUCGGGAUCUGGGCCAAGGAGCUGCUGGCCGGGGUCAUCUUCCUCAUGCACACGGAGGUCAUGGAGGACAAGGACCAGCACUUGGUCUGCUUUGAGCACUACCCCAUCCAGCCGUGGCAGCGGAAGAUCAACUACUACCGCUUCUCGGUGGGCUUCCUCUUCCCCAUCUGUCUGCUCUUCUUCUCCUACUGGGGCAUCCUGCGGGCCGUGCGCAGAAGCCACGGUACCCAGAAGACCAGAAAGGACCAAAUCCAAAGGCUGGUGCUGAGCACCAUGGUGAUCUUCCUGGCCUGCUUCCUGCCCUACCACGUCCUGCUGCUCGUGCGCAGCCUCUGGGAGGACAGCUGCGAGUUCGCCAAGGAGAUCUUCAACACCUACCACUUUUCCCUUCUGCUGACCAGUUUCAACUGCGUGGCCGACCCGGUGCUGUACUGCUUUGUGAGCGAGAACACCCACAGGGACUUGGCCAGGCUGCGGGCUUCCUGCUUGGGCUUCCUCACCUGCUCGGGGCUGCGGGGGGCCAAGGAGGCCUUCCCCCUCAGCAGCCCAGAAGCCUUGGGGAAAAAUGAAGCCCGGAGGGAAGAGCCCGAGUUGCUAACUAAGCUCCACCCACCGUGUCCUCUCUCUUCCUCUCCCGGUCCAGGAGGGACCAGCCAGGAGGGUUAGAGCAGGCCGGGGCCCAGCCCCGGGGUACCAGGGAUGGGGUCUGUGGGCCUGAGCCGUCCUCCCUCCAAACGGGUCACUGACGUCAGGUCUGUGUCACCGAUGAUAAGCUCUCCCCCUAGAUAAAGCCUGAAAAUUGAGGGGAGAUAAGAGCCGUGGACUUUGUGGCUCAGCUAGGUCCUCCAUCCCAACCUCCUCCCUCUGCUUGCUGUAGGAAAACCCACUCGAGCACACCCGCCAGGAGCUUCCCAGGGGCUUGAGAUGCUAACGGCCAUCUGGCCUGUGACUGCCCCUCCUCCUGGUCUGGGAAGGGAAACAUGAAUUGCAACCUGUAAGACACUUUCAAAGAAAAAGAAGCAGGCGUUCAAGUGCCCCUUGAAAGGGGAACCAUGGGUGGGGCGCUGUGAUAAAAGGAGUGUCAGGGGGAUGUGGAAACAAGUUUCAUGAGAGGAUGUGUUCAGCCAGCCCUCCCCAACCCAAGUGCCCAGGGUCUGAAGCUCCCAUAUUGCUUUUUGCAUUAAUGCAUUGGUGUUUGAAAUUAGAAUUCAUCUUUAUUGUUUGAGGCAAAGGGAGCUAUGAAAAGCUAUUAUGAUCCAUUAUCUGUAUUAGUUCACCUAAAACAAUGAGAACAUUAUAAUGAGAAGGAUGUGGGACCUUAUUAGGAAUGAGGAAGUUAUGAUAAGGACAUUGUGAUGAGAAAGAAAGGUGGGGACAGCUGGAUGGUGCAAUGGUUAGAGCACCAGCCCUGAAGUCAGGAGGACCCUAGUUCAAAUAUGGCCUCGGACACUUAAUCCUUCCUAGCUGUGUGACCCUGGGCAUUUGCCUCAAUAAACAAAAAAGAAAGAAAGGCGGUCCAGGUAUCCUUCUGUGGAGAAUGGGAAGGUCCUGGAAAUCAGGGGAUGUAUUGAGACAUCUGAGUUGGGAAGGCAAGGACAAGAGGAUAGAGAAGUUAAACUUUUAAAGCACUAAAAAGAAACUUCCCAGCUGGAUUCUUUUUUUUUAAACAAGGUCCUUGUGCUAUUGGAAAGCUAAUGCUAGGUGAGCCCAGGUGAAUACUAGGUGAAUAUAUGUCCAGAGUCUUCAGAAAGGCCUGAGGGGUAGAAGAGGGGGCCAAAUGUAUUAUUCUCAUUCUCUUUGUCUAUGAAGACAUUCUUUAUGUCUAAAUCUCAGGGGAUAUUAAGUCUUUAAGUAUUCAGAGGACCACCCUUGGGAGUAGAGAUUAGAUUCAUGCUGCUUAGCUCCAAAGAACAGAACUAAGGAUAAGAAUUAUGUUACUAGGAAGUAGGAAAAUUCCCAAGAAUUCAGGUUGUCCAAAAGGAGAGUGUUUUUCCUGAAAAGGUAGUGAGUUCCCUGUUAGUGGAGAUGGAGCUGGAUGGUCCUUGUCAGGAGUGUUGCACGCAAGUUUGGUCUCUGAGGUUCCUUCCAUCUUUUAGACUCUAAAACCCCAGCCCAUCUAUUUGUGGUCUUUCAGUUCUCUUGUUUCUGAAUUCAGGAACUUCCCUCAGUAGAGCGUUCAGAUUAAGUUUUAUUAAGGACCAAGUAGAAAAGCAAGACUAUACGGUCAGAAUGUGUGUCAGCUAUGGGUUCUUUCAAGGCAGCAAUAUGGGAAAGACAUAAGUGUGUUUACAAUUAAGAUGUCGGUUUCCCCAAUGGCAGCCAAACACCUGGAGGACCAGGACCCAGCCUGAGGCAGCAGGCUCGGAACUGCUGUCCUGCAUCCAGAGCAUGUAAUGGAGGCCAAGAGAGGGGACAGUGGAGGAGGCUCUGACUUGGUUGGCCUAGUUCUGUGCCUCACAUGGAGCAUCGGCUCUAGGCCCACAUCGGUUUGUGGGACACGAGGUGUGUCCCCCAGUUAUCUGGGAUCAGUUUCCCUCAUCUCAGGUGUCAUGAUUCUCUGUCCCCUUGUCCAAUGGGAUAAAGCCGUGCUUUCUUCAA